AUGGUCCAACAUAUUCCAGCAUGUGUCAUUAAGGGCGAAUAUGUGCAAGGUGAACCAGACCAUGAUGCUGAGGGUGAAGCAGACCAUGAUGCUGAGGGUGAACCAGACCAUGAUGCUGAGGGUGAACCAGACCAUGAUGCUGAGGGUGAACCAGACCAUGAUGCUGAGGGUGAACCAGACCAUGAUGCUGAGGGUGAACCAGACCAUGAUGCUGAGGGUGAACCAGACCAUGAUGCUGAGGGUGAACCAGACCAUGAUGCUGAGGGUGAACCAGACCAUGGUGCUGAGGGUGAACCAGACCAUGAUGCUGAGGGUGAACCAGACCAUGAUGCUGAGGGUGAACCAGACCAUGAUGCUGAGGGUGAACCAGACCAUGAUGCUGAGGGUGAACCAGACCAUGGUGCUGAGGGUGAACCAGACCAUGAUGCUGAGGGUGAACCAGACCAUGAUGCUGAGGGUGAACCAGACCAUGAUGCUGAGGGUGAACUAGACCAUGAUGCUGAGGGUGAACCAGACCAUGAUGCUGAGGGUGAACCUGACCAUGAUGCUGAGGGUGAACCAGACCAUGAUGCUGAGGGUGAACCAGACCAUGAUGCUGAGGGUGAACCAGACCAUGAUGCUGAGGGUGAACCAGACCAUGAUGCUGAGGGUGAACCAGACCAUGAUGCUGAGGGUGAACCAGACCAUGAUGCUGAGGGUGAACCAGACCAUGAUGCUGAGGGUGAACCAGACCAUGAUGCUGAGGGUGAACCAGACCAUGAUGCUGAGGGUGAACCAGACCAUGAUGCUGAGGGUGAACCAGACCAUGAUGCUGAGGGUGAACCAGACCAUGAUGCUGAGGGUGAACCAGACCAUGAUGCUGAGGGUGAACCAGACCAUGAUGCUGACUCUGGCCCUAGUUAUUGUCUAGCCAUAACCCUGGAUCAACGGCCUAAAACCCUGAAUGAACCAUCGAAAUGUGAGGAAAGUCCCUCUAUAACACAUGGGACUGAUGAUGAACCAGGCCAUGAUUUUGAUGAUGAACCAGACCAUGAUUAUGACAAUGAACCAGGUUACGAUGAUGAUAAUGAACCAGGCCAUGAUUUUGAUGAUGAUCCCUUCCGUCAGUGUGAGGAGACGGGCGGCGAGAUAACAUCGGAAGCAUCAUGGCAGGAUUUGAGGGUGGAGGAGCUGGUGCCUCUGCCCCUGGACAUGAUGAAGGUGGUGGUAGGCCCUGGCGGGGAAACUCACCGGGAAAUCAUGAUGACGUAUAACGUGAUUAUCACGAUUCCUCGGGUGGAGAGGUCGACCGCGUGGGUGGAGAUUAAGGGACGUCAGCAAGAUGUGGCCAUCGCCGAGGCCAGAAUACAAGACAUCAUCUACGAGCACAAGAAAAUGUUAAGGCAGAAAAGAGACGAGGAUGAUGUGAAGGACGCGUGAUCGUGAUCAAUUUCAUUACUA